AUUGCCUCUCACAAAUCAAACCAACCUUUUUCUUUGGCGUGUGGUUUCUCUAUUGCCCCGAUCACCAAACUCGUUCGUUCGUUCGUUGUGAAUGGUAGAAACCCUAAGCGAUUUUGAUUUCAUGCGCUCUCGUUUCUCAUUGAGGGCGAGCGCUAUUCUCCUUCCAGUUUCUCCUUCAUCUGCUUUCGCUUUCGGCUCUUGCAAACAAGGUUGGUACUACCGCUGCCUUGGCGUCGACCCCUGAGAAACUUCCCCCAAACCAAAUAACCAGACGCGAUUUUGUUUUCUGUUACUUCUUUUUUUUUAGAGAUUCAGUUUUGGACUUUUAGGUUCUUUCAUUGUUUGAUUUCUCCGGAUCGGUGAUUUUAUUUGUUGAUCGAAAAGAUGUUGAUGAAUAAGCAUAAGAAAAACCAGAACGCCAAUGCUAAGAGGCUUCUGAUCAGUAUCAAUGUGUUUGGAAGCGCCGGACCGAUCCGAUUCGUUGUGAAGGAGGAGGAACUUGUUGCGGCAGUUAUUGAUACUGCUCUCAAGUCCUAUGCUCGCGAAGGGAGACUCCCGGUUCUCGGAGGAGAUAUCAGAACUUUCGCUCUUUAUUGCCCACUGGUCGGAUCUGAUGCUUUGAGUCCAUGGGACACAAUUGGAUCAGUUGGAGCCAGAAAUUUCAUGCUGUGCAAGAAGCCACAAGCAACCACCGGAGAUGAAGCUGCCAAUGGGACUGGGACUGAAGUGGUUUCCCGGAGUAGAGGUGGAAGUUGGAAGGCUUGGUUCAACAAGUCUCUGAAUUUGAAGAUUUCUAUCCAUUGAUCAAUCAAGUUUUAAAUUGUGUGCCAGCAUUAAAUAACUUAUCAUGUACUAGUACUCUGUUCUAGCUAGCAGAACUUUUGUAGAACUUUUGUUUUUUUGAGAUUACUCUUCUUAGAGAUUGUAGUUUUCAGUUUUGAUCAAUAAAAAUUGAAAUUUUGGUUUCA